AUGCCGACCCUCCCGGGUGCCCUUUGGAUGGCACUUUGGGGACUGGCGCGCCUUUGGGCCGGGGCUCAAGCGGGCUGCUUAGAAGUGGGGCGGUGCUGCCCUGGGCGAGACCCCACCUGCUUCGGCCGGGGCUGGAGGCUGGACAGGGUCUAUGGGACGUGCUAUUGCGACCAAGCGUGUCGGCUCACUGGGGACUGCUGCUUUGACUACUCCAGGGCGUGCCCAGCUCGCCCAUGCAUUGUGGGAGAAUGGAGUCCCUGGAGCAGUUGUGCAGACCAGUGUAAACCUGCAACACGUGUGCGGAGACGUUAUGUGCAGCAGGAACCUCAGAAUGGUGGGGAGCCUUGCCCACAUCUUGAAGAGAAAGCUGGCUGUCUGGAAUACACAACUUCUCAUGGACAGGAUUGUUGGCAUUCAUAUGUUCCUGCUUUUAUCACUACCUCUGCAUACAACAAGGAGAGAAAAAGACAGGUGUUAUCUCCACAGUGGUCUGCAGACACAGGGGAUGCUGGAUAUUGUAUGGAGUUCAAGACAGAAUCCUUGACUCAUUACUGUGCUAUGGAAAAUCGUCCCCUGACCCGCUGGAUGCAGUACCUUCGAGAGGGUUAUACUGUUUGUGUAGAUUGCCAACCUCCAGCCAUGAAUACUGUGAAUCUACGUUGUUCUGGAGAUGGCCUGGAUUCUGAUGGAAAUCAAACUCUUCAUUGGCAAGCUAUUGGUAAUCCUCGAUGUCAAGGAACAUGGAAAAAAGUUCGGCGAGUGGACCAUUGCUCCUGUCCAGCUGUGCACAGUUUCAUUUUUAUUUAGAGCUUAAGCAAUUUUUUAAAAAAUUGUGAAUAUUUUUAAUAUCAUAAAGAACAUUUAACACAUUUCACAAUCUUAAAAAAUUAUCUGCUGUGUGUGCUAAACAUUUAAUUGUCAUGUUUUGAAGAAAAUAAAAGAAUAAAGAAGGGAAUUGUGGCAUAGAAUCCAGUCUCAAAAUGGUGACUAUCACACGUGACUGCUGUGGUUCGGUGGAGCUAAGGUCUGUCUAUACUAGGUCACUUCUAUGGGAUCUCCUCGGUGGGAAGUCUAUGAGACACACAUGAUGUACAUUUAUAUUGCAUUGAAGGUAUUAUCCCACAUCCAACAAGGGUAUUUACAUUUCAAGUCAUGUUAAAUUUUUUUUUCCAUGUCAAAAAUCUCCUUUGAGCUUCCUAAAUAGUUAGGAAUGUUUCCUACUGAGUAUUGGUCCUUAUUCUCAAAAACUUUUCAGACAGGUUAAAUUAUUUAAUCUUUCAUAAGCACUUUAUAACAUUUAUUGCUCUGUUAAAGUUUUUACUGGAGGAAGUAAAUGGAUACUAAUGUUUUUGGUAGACAAGAACAAUCCAACGUUAAAUUGAGGGUCAAAAGAAUUUACUUUUAAUAUUGAGUCAUGAAGGAAACUUAGGAGUGGAGUAAUUAUGUUGGUUAUAGAAUUUCACUUCCAUUAGCAUCCAAGAAACAUUUCAACUGUAAGAAUUAAGUGCCUCAAAAAAUAUCUCAGAACUCCCAUGGGGAGAGUUUUAAACCAUGGGACAUUGCUUAACGAUGUGACUGCUUUAUCUUUAAGAAAUUGAAAAAGAUCCUGUUUAAAAGUUGAAAUAAAAAUACUACUUUUGUUUCUUA